CAUCAAGCAAUGUCUUCCUUCGUCGCCAAACUCUCCGUGGCAGCAGCCAUGCUUCUCGCCUCUCUUUCCCAACCCGCCACUGCAGGUCCUCUCCCAGCCGCUCUCGAGAAACGGACAGGCUGCUACAGUGGCUUCCCCUUUAACCACCUUCACGGCGGCUACAAUCACGAUCUCUCCUCCGAAGUCCUCGCCGACAUCACCUCGACCUGCCAAGCCGUUGCCGGAAAGACCAUCGGUGAUUCCUCUCCUUUCUGGCGCUGCACAAACUGGCAAGAGACCUUUAGCUGGCACGAGACUUGUUUCUCAGACUGUGAGGAUGGGUGUGCUGCUUUGCCCAAGGACUAUGCUGCUGCUUUGUGCGGGUCGGGCUGCGAUGCCAAUUGCGACCCUGGCCCGAGCUAUGGCUACAACCACAUUGAUUGGGCUGUAGAGAUUAGAGAUGGUGGUGCUGACAAGGUCAUCGAUUUUGACACU